CCAACAUAACCAACAUCCCGCCCCUAACACGGCCUCCAAACAUAACCACCACCCUGAACCAAACAGGGCCUUCCAACAUAACCAACAUCCCACCCCUAACACGGCCUCCAAACAUAACCACCACCCUGAACCAAACAGGGCCUUCCAACAUAACCAACAUCCCGCCCCUAACACGGCCUCCAAACAUAACCACCACCCUGAACCAAACACGGCCUUCCAACAUAACCAACAUCCCGCCCCUAACACGGCCUCCAAACAUAACCAACAACCUGAACCAAACAAUUUUUCCCAUCAUAACCACUAACUCAACCCAAACAAAGCCUCCCAACAUAACUAACUUGACCCAGGCACGGCCUUCCAACAUCACCACAAACCCAACCCAGUCAGGCCCCAUCACUGUAAUAAACAUUAUAACAAUGUCAAGUUCUAAUACUCAAUCAAUAGAAAUCACUGGCAGGGAUAACUGCAGGAGAGAUAGAGCAUGUUUCUCCGCUCCACCUUCCUGCAAUCCAGGUGCACAAGGUUCCUGCUAUUUCCUCUCCACAAGAGGAGUAAGCGGGAAUGCAAAUAAUUUUACUUUUGAGCUCAGUGGAGAGACAGAUGGUUACAUUGGAGCUGGCCUUUCUAGAGACACCAGUGGUCAGGGUGCCACCGUGUAUUCUUGCGCCAAUAUCAAUGGUGCACUGAAGUUGAUUCGUUCCACGCUGAACAAUCAAAUUCUGACUCAGGAUAACACAUUCAUCCCUGGAAGCUUCCGUGGCUCAGUGAUUGGCAAAAAGAUUCAAUGCAUUUUCAAUGCUGCAGGUCUCAGCAGCACAGCCCGUGCUGCAACCACAGAAACUUUUGUCUUCCUUUUAACAGGCAGUGUAUCAAAUGGUUCUCUUGAAUCUCCAGUCAGUAAACUAGCCACCAAUGGGUCAGUAGACUUAAGCAACCCUAACAGCACAGAUGUAUCAGUAAUAACCAGUACAAAUGCCACUGUAUCUAAUACCACAACAAUAUCAACAACUACCCCAUCUACGAACCUGACCCAGACGGUCCCUCCCAACAUGAAUGCCAAUGUGACCAAAAUGGGUCCGCUCAACACGACUAUGAACCUGACCCAGACGCGUCCUCCCAACGUCACCGCCAACAUGACCCAAAUGGGUCCCCUCAACACGACUGCGAACUUGACCCAGACGCGUCCUCCCAACAUUACUGCCAACAUGACCCAAAUGGGUCCCCUCAACACGACUGCAAACUUGACCCAGACGCGUCCUCCCAACAUUACUGCCAACAUGACCCAAAUGGGUCCCCUCAACACGACUGCGAACUUGACCCAGACGCGUCCUCCCAACACGACUGCCAACAUGACCCAAAUGGGUCCCCUCAACACGACUGCGAACUUGACCCAGACGCGUCCUCCCAACACGACUGCCAACAUGACCCAAAUGGGUCCCCUCAACACGACUGCGAACUUGACCCAGACGCGUCCUCCCAACAUAACCACAAACUUAACCCCAAAACCGUCAGGCUCUAAUACCUUGACCAACGGCAACACCAGUAAUCCACCAUUGCUUGUAAACCCAGCACUUACGUUUUCCAUCUAA